GAGCAUACAAAAAAAAAAAAUUAACCUUUAAAGUAGUAACAGUAAAUGUCAACACAAGUAACAAAAUAAACAUAACAGCAUACAUACAACACUACAACUAAUAUGCCUGAAAGUUCAGAUAGACUAAUCCCUGUAUUAAAGGCUUCUGAUUUAUCAGAGGAUAUACAGGCCAAAAUCUUUGAAUUAUCCGAACAAGCAUUACAAUAUAAAAUAGAGAAAGAUAUAGCUACAUUUUUAAAAAAGGAAUUAGAUCAUUUAUAUGGACCAACUUGGCAUGUAAUAGUCGGUAAAAGUUUUGGAAGUUAUGUAACUCAUGAACAAGGAUACUUUAUAUAUUUUUAUAUUGGUGAUCUUGCCUUCUUAAUAUUUAAGAGUGGAUAGAAUUUUAUUUCUACAAGGUUCAAUUGUAUUGAUUUUAUUAUAUCGAUAUAUUGACAAGUAUCGAAAACUUAAUGCAUGAAUAUAUAUUUAUAUUAUAC